CUCUCGCUCUAUAAAUUAUUUCACAUAUUUUGUGCCGUAGUGUCAGAAUUCAAAGUUCUGGAGCUUUCGAAAUUCAGAGAUUCCUCCAAUUCUCCGAUGGCCACGACGGCGGUGCAGACCAACGGAAUCCGCCAACAUCCGCCGUCAACGGCGGUGGCGCCGCCGACGGAGUUUCAUAGCUCAGAAGGCUCUGUAAUCGGCACUCUUCUCGCUCUUGUUAUAUGGCUUGGAGCCAUCCACUUCAACGUCCUCGUCGUUGUCUCUUCUUUCUUCCUCCUCCCUCUUCCCAAAUUCUUUGCGGUACUGGGGCUGCUUGUGGUUCUUAUGUUGAUUCCGAUUGACGAGAAAAGUAAAUGGGGCCGUAAAUUGGCAAGGUAUAUAUGCAAACAUGUUUGUGGUUAUUUCCCAGUGACUCUUCAUGUUGAGGAUAUAACAGCCUUCGACCCCAAUCAGGCCUAUGUUUUUGGCUAUGAGCCGCAUUCAGUUUUGCCCAUUGGUGUCGUUGCACUUGCUGACCUCACAGGUUAUCUGCCUCUUCCAAAAAUUAAGGUCCUGGCAAGUAGCGCUGUGUUCCACACACCAUUCCUGAGGCAUAUAUGGACUUGGUUGGGACUUUCACCUGUAUCAAGGAAAAAUUUUACCUCCCUCUUGGCAGCUGGUUAUAGCUGCAUUAUAGUGCCUGGUGGAGUGCAAGAGAUAAUUCAUAUGGAACACGGAUCUGAGGUUGCCUUCCUCAAGUCAAGAAGAGGAUUCGUACGUAUAGCUAUGGAGAUGGGCCGACCCUUGGUUCCUGUUUUUUGCUUUGGUCAGUCACAUGUAUAUAACUGGUGGAAGCCUGGAGGUGAACUAUACGUACUGUUAUCUAGAGCUAUUAAAUUCAGUCCAAUUAUCUUCUGGGGGAUGUUUGGGUCUCCGUUACCCUACCGCCAUCCAAUGCAUGUGGUGGUUGGUAGACCAAUUGAAGUUAAACAAAAUUCAAAACCCACCAUUGAAGAGGUGUAUGAAGUACAGAAUCAGUUUGUUGAAGCACUUAGAGACCUUUUUGAGAAGCACAAAGCAAGGGUGGGCCAAGCUGAUCUUAAAUUGAGAAUUCUUUGAUCAUCCCACAGCAUUAAAUCCCCAUUCCCUCUCUCUCUCUCUCUCUCUCUCUCUCUCUCUUAUUGUAUCAUCCCACAGCAUUAAAUCCCCAUUCCCUCCCUUCUCUCUGUGUCUGUAUUUUGUGUUAGUCUCCUUGUUUAUUUUGUUUUGCUUAGAUAAUUUAUGGGGGAAAUAAAAUUCUCAUCAAUUACUUCGAGCUUUGGUGUACAUAUUAUACACAAGCUUUCACUGUGAACAUCAUUGUAAAACAAUAUAUAGUCAGGGUUUGCCAAUUCCUUUUGUUGUACAUAUUAUACACAAGCUUUCACUGUGAACAUCAUUGUAAACAAUAUAUAGUCGGGGUUUGCCGA